CAAGCAAACCAAAAAAGAGUAACCAAAUGGAUAAAGAGCCUCUCCUCCCUUCUUCCUCUUCAUCUUCAAACCAACAACAAUCCAAUCUUGAAAGUUCAAUUUUAAUUGACUCAAAUUAUCCAUUAUUUCCAAAGAAAUACCUUUACAAAUCGAAGUCUAAUCCAUCUAUGUCCACAUAUAAUGAUAUUGAAAACUAUCCAUCACCAAUUCCAAAUCCAAUCCAUAUUGUGAAAAAAAAUUCUAUUGUAAAACAAGCUAUGUUACUUCUAAUUCUUUAUUUAACUAUUGGUGUAACUCUAUGUUCUUUCUUCAAUGAUCAAUUUAAGUCCACUACAAAAACUCAUCCAAUUAUUGAUGCACUAUAUUUUUGCAUAAUAACUUUAUGUACAAUUGGUUAUAGUGAUAUAAAACCAAAUAGUACACUUACCAAAUUAUUUGCUAUAUUAUUUGUGUUAGUUGGUUUUGGAUUUAUUAAUAUAUUACUCACUGGACUUGUUACAUAUUUUCUUGAUUUUCAAAAGAAUUCUUUGAACAAGGAAAGAAUAAGGUCAAGAAUCAAAGUGGCACUAGCAAUGAGUGUUUUGGUUUUUUGUAUUGGAAUUGGAGUUGUUUUUAUGCAUUUUGUAGAGAGGAUUGGGUGGUUUGAUUCAUUUUAUUUUUCAGUUAUUGGAGUUACUACUGUUGGAUAUGGUGAAAAGGUAUUUAAAUCAAUGGGGGGAAGAAUUUUUGCAUCAAUUUGGUUGCUUGUUUCUACACUAGCUUUUGCUAGAGCAUUUCUUUUAUUGGCUGAAGUUAAAGUUGAUGAAAAGCAAAGGGAAUUGGAAGAAUGGGUGCUAGACCAAGAUUUGACUGUUCAACAUUUUCAAGCUGCAGACAUUGAUAAUAAUGGUUUUGUCAGUAAAUCAGAUUAUGUGAUAUAUAAACUGAAGGAAUUGGGAAAGAUCACAGAGAGAGAUGUAUUGUUGAUCAGCAAAUAUUUUGAGAGAUGGGACACUGGUAACUCUGGAAAGAUUACUCUUUCUGAUCUUUUUAUGGAAAGUGAUUAUUGAAAAUAAUGUCAAACUAAAGUAUUUUCUUGAAUAUCAAGAAAGGUGUGGUAUGCACGUAUUUAAAUUAAUUAUAGUUUAAUAAAUGUAGUUGUAUAUGUUUAUGUAAUAUUGGUAGAGAAGGGAAACGGGUAAAGUUGUCUUCAUAUAUCCCAA